AGGCAAACCCUGUCUGUCGGUCCACCUCAACGUCAGCGCCGGUUGAGUGCGUGCCUUGACGAUGGCGCUGGCUGGUCAGGCAGAUGAUGUCUGUUGUCAGCUUCAUUUAUCGACUCGACAAGGCCAAGACCUUCGACGCUCCUCGUUAUUGCUCAAGCUUUCUAGUACCUAUCCUUUAACGGAACUCCGUCGAUCCAGUCAUUUACUGACAAUCUGAACAUAACGCGACACCGAGGAUUCGAGCUUUGUCGGUGCAACACACAAGAUUAUGCCCGACACCCACAAAUGUGACAAGCUGUCUCGGGGAUAAGACGUCACGACGUCUCCCGCUCAAGCUUUUGCCAUGGCGUGUACGCGCUGGAUACAUGGCGAAAAGAGACGCUCGUAGCCGUGUUCUGCGUCAAUCAUCCAACGUCAACUACCUCCUCGUCACCCGCCAGCACUAGGGAGGGAGGCCGAUAUGCCUUUCAGACGUUUCUUUUCUCAACAUGCCCACUUCUGUGGCAACAAGAAAAAAAAUCAAUGGACACUAACCCCACCCUCUGCGGCGAUCCGUCCGCGCGAAGAAGGACAGUUACACUGCUAGUUCGGGCCCUCUGACAUCAUAGCCAGGUCGGCUCCGGGCACGCUCAAGAUGGGUGGUGCUCUGUAUGUGUGGGGGUUUGCUUGUUUACCUCGGGGCCUUCGGGCUUGUUUGGACGAAGCUGCACAAUGAUGAAGCUUGUCUGGGUGUGGACAGAGGGCGGGCGGUUUAAAUAGUGGUGACUUUUGCGCCACCAGCCGCGGCUUCUAGAGUCUGGGCUUUUUUUGCAGGUUUUGUUUUCUUUCUUGUCAGUCGCCUCGAACUAUCGGAUUACAAUAUAAAACAGUUACGAGACAGGAGAUCCGUGACAUAUCCGAACGCUCACCCACGCACCCACGGACACACAAAGAGAGAGAAUGAUGGACACGAGCAUGGAGUCGAAAGAAGGGACCGUCCCGCAGAGAAAGGGGUCCGGCGACUCGGACGGCGCCCUCGUCGAACAUCGCUCCCACCCCUCCGGCCCCCAGCAGCAGCCGACACCGCCGCCGUCGAGCGCGGGCCGGCGGCUCCAGGCCAACCGGCGGCUCGCCAACCCGCUCGCGGGCCGCGGGCGCGCCGAGCUAGCGGCCAUGGGCGAGGAGUACUGCCGGCGCCGGGUCGGGCUGGGCGGCGCCGAGGACGUGCGUGCCUUCCGGCUGGGCGCGGCCAUCGCCGGGGGUAACGGCGACGACGACGACGACAACGAGAAGGGGCCGGCUGGGUUCGAGGACGUGGUCGAGGGCGGGCUGACGGCGCGCGAGAGGGAGGUGCUGGGCAGGGAGGUUACGCACAAGUGGUCCAACCCGGGGAUGCUGUAUUGGGUCGUUGCCAUAUGCUCCCUCUGCGCGGCCGUCCAGGGCAUGGACGAGACGGUGGUGAACGGCGCCCAGUCCUUUUACAAGCGCCAGUUUGGCAUCGGCGGCGAGGGCGGCCGGGACGCCUGGCUGCUCGGCCUGACCAACUCGGCGCCGUACUUGUGCUGUGCCGUCCUCGGGUGCUGGCUCACUUCACCCAUGAACAAUCGCCUCGGGCGGAAAGGGACCGUCUUCUGGUCUUGCGUCAUCUCGGCCGUGGCCUGCUUCUGGCAGGCCUUCACCAACACGUGGUGGCACAUGUUCAUCGCCCGCUUCGUGCUCGGCCUUGGAAUCGGGCCCAAGUCGGCUACAACCCCAAUGUUCGCCGCCGAGUGCGCGCCCCCAAAGCUCCGCGGCGCCCUCGUCAUGCAGUGGCAGGUCUGGACUGCCUUUGGUAUCAUGAUUGGAUACGUCGCGGACCUGGUAUUCUACUUUGUGCCCGACCACGGCGUCCAGCUCGGCCUCAACUGGCGGCUCAUGAUGGGCAGUGCGGGGGUCCCGGCCGUCGUGGUCUGCUGCCUCAUCCCCUUUUGCACUGAAUCCCCGCGUUGGUACCUCACAAAGGACAGGCACCACGACGCCUACCGGGCCAUCUGCAGCCUGCGCCACGAACGGGUGCAGGCGGCCCGCGACCUCUUCUACACGCACGUGCUGCUCGAGGCGGAGCGCGAGACGCAGCGCGGCGCCACCACGCUGUCGCGCAUAAACGAACUCUUCUCCGUGCGGCGCAACCGCAACGCCGUCGUGGCGAGCGAGGUGGUCAUGUUCAUGCAGCAGUUCUGCGGCGUCAACGUCAUCGCCUACUACUCGUCCGAGGUCUUCCUCGGCGCCGGGCUGGGCGAGGUGCCCGCCCUGGCGGCCUCGCUGGGCUUCGGCGUCGUCAACUGGCUGUUUGCGCUGCCGGCCUUUUUCACCAUAGACCGCCUCGGCCGCCGCUGGCUGCUGCUGGCCACGCUCCCGCUCAUGGCGCUCGCGCUGCUGCUGACCGGCUUCUCCUUUUAGAUCCCGGCCGCCUCGCCCGCACACGUGGCCUGCAUCGCCCUGGGCAUCUACCUCUUUGGCGUCGUCUACUCGCCCGGCGCGGGGCCCGUGCCCUUCACGUACUCGGCGGAAGCGUACCCGCUCUACCUCCGCCCGCUCGGCAUGUCGCUGGCGACGGCGACGACGUGGUUCUUCAACUUUGUGCUGAGCGUCACGUGGCCCAGCAUGCUGGGCGCCUUUGGCCCGCAGGGCGCCUUUGGCUGGUACGCCGGCUGGAACGUGGUCGGCUUCUUCGCGGUGCUGCUGCUCGUGCCCGAGACCAAGGAGCGCACGCUCGAGGAGCUCGACGCCGUCUUUGGCGUCGCCUCGGCCGACCUGGCGCGGUACGGCCUGGCUAGUUUGAGAUCAUUCCUGGAGCGGCACCUGCUCCGGAUGGACGUGGCGCCGCCGCCGGUGCCGCGCGCGGCGCUCGAGGCGCGCUUCGACGGCGGCGACGAGGGGAAGAGGGGGGCGACUGGGUUGUAAGUGGCGAGUGCAAAUUGAAUAAACAAUAUUUACCAUCCCUCUUAUUUCACUCGUAUUGUAAACUUCCUCAACUUGUUGUGUUUC